UUCUCUCAUUUGCAUCAGGUUUUAAAUUAAUAUUUGAAAUAUAUUUGUUGUCAUGGCGACAGGAGGUGUAACUGCAUGUGUCACUAAAGUGGAGUUGUCAAUAUCGUGCCGGGAUUUAAUUGACAAGGAUGUCACAUCAAAGUCAGACCCUCUUUGUGUGAUUUAUUUGAAAGAUGGAACAACAAAGACAUGGCAGGAGGUGGCUCGAACGGAAAGAAUUCAAAAUAGUCUCAACCCAGACUUUAGCACCAAGAUAGAAAUGUCAUAUUUCUUUGAGGAAGUUCAACAGAUUCGAUUCUCGAUUUAUGACAUCGAUAAUUCAACCGAUAGUUUACUGGACGAUGAUUUCCUCGGGGAAGCCGAGUGUUCGCUUGGCCAGAUUGUAUCGAGUAAGAAAUACGUGGCGUCGUUGUUGGAUCGAUCGAAGAAACAUUUGUCUAAAAGUAAAAUCACGGUCCUUGCCGAUGAAAUAACCGACAACAGAGUCGCAACUUUACAAUUCAAAGCAACCAAACUUGAUAAUAAGGAUUUCAUGGGGAAGUCGGAUCCCUUCCUUGAAUUAUGGAGGGAGGAAAACGAAGGGUGGACGUUAUGUCACAGAACUGAAGUGAUCAAGAAUAAUUUGAACCCAACUUGGAAACCUUUCAGCGUGGCGGUUCAAUCUAUUUGUGGGGGGGAUUUAUCGCGCAAGAUUAAGAUAAUAUGCCACGAUUGGGACAGCGACGGUAGUCAUGACUUGAUUGGAGAAUUUUUCACGACGUUGAGUGAAUUACAAGACAAUGGUAACAAGGAAUUUUUUUGCAUCAACCCGAAGAAAAAAGCGAAGAAAUCGAAAUAUAAGAAUUCGGGAUCGAUAUUUAUCAUGGGUUGCAAACUAGAACGAAGAUUUAGUUUCCUUGAUUUUAUAUUCGGUGGACUUCAACUUAACUUUACUGUCGGCAUUGACUUCACCGGUUCGAACGGCGACCCAACCUCACGUGAUUCCCUUCACUUCAUGGAUCCCGUGCGACCUAAUGAAUAUUUACAAGCGUUAUCGGCGGUUGGGGCAGUUGUACAAGAUUACGACACCGACAAGUUGUACCCCGCCCUCGGGUUUGGGGCAAAGAUCCCACCCUCCCACGUUGUGUCACACGAGUUCCCACUCAACUUCAGGCCCGACAACCCUUAUUGUCAAGGUAUCGACGGCAUAAUAUCAGCGUACCAACACGCCCUCCCCGUCAUUAAGUUGUGGGGUCCGACUAAUGUAUCGCCCAUCAUCAGCCAUGUUGCGAGGUUCGCUUAUAAUGCUCAAACCACCGAGAGUUCACCAAAUAACUAUUACAUCUUAUUAAUCCUCACCGACGGGGCGAUAACGGACAUGGACGAAACGAGACAAGCGAUCGUCAACGCGUCCCAUCUUCCCAUGUCAAUCAUCAUUGUGGGGGUGGGGUCCGCUGAUUUCAGUGCAAUGGAGAUGUUGGACGGUGACAACGGGGUGUUACGAUCAUCAUCGGGGCAACCUGUGUUACGAGACAUCGUGCAGUUUGUUCCUUAUCGUGAUUAUAAGAAGGUUGGUCAUGAGGCAUCAGCAGCAGCGUUAGCAAAAGCCGUCCUCGCUGAGGUCCCCGGUCAAGUCACCCAAUAUUUCCGUGGUAGAAACUUACAACCAACGCAGCGCAACUAACAACAGCCCGUACAUGCUACACGCGUAUUGUUGGGUGGAACGUGCAUUCCUGUGUAACAUAGUUGUCAUGUUUUUAAUUAUUAACAAACCUGGGUUGACAUUGUUAAAAUGCAGUUGUAGUUAACAGCCGGGUAAAACUAUUUUAUGCAGAAAAGUUGGUGUGUUAUAACAUAUAUUGUCGCCCCCGUUUGAAAGGUUGGGGUGAAAUGUCACUCCAGCCACCCCCAUGCUUACCACACCAACCUUAAACACAUGUUUGCACUAUCAUUCUAACCGAAUGUGCUUGACUUUUAAUGUGCAGUUUCAUGAACCCUUAUUCCAACCAAAUCUGUACAUAUUAUGUUUAUUAUCGUUUGUAGAAAUAUUUAGAUGAAGUUUUUACUAACGUACUUACCAAUAAGUGAAAUAACCAAGAUUCCAUCACAAUAUUGUUUGUUUAAUCAACAAUACCUUGUUCUCACUGUGUUGUGAUGUCAUAAUCACACUAACAUGACAAACAAUUGAAUUUAAUAAUCACUAUUGUGUAUCAGAUCUAUGACGUCAUAACUACUACGUCACAAGCUCUUCAAAUUAACCUCAACUGUUACGUAAUAAACGUUGUCUGUGAUGUCA